UAUUAUUUAAUAAGCCUUACCUAAAAAUCCAAUAUGGGAAGAGGUCCAAAGAAACACUUGAAGAGAGUAAAUGCUCCAUCUCACUGGAUGCUUGAUAAAAUGUCUGGAAUUUAUGCUCCAAAGCCAAGUCCAGGUCCACACAAAGCAAGAGAUUGCAUUCCAUUAUCAAUCAUCUUGAGAAAUAGACUUAGGUAUUGCAUGAGCGGAGUCGAAGUUAAGAAAGUUGUUCUUGACAAGAGUGGAAACAUCAAGAUUGAUAAUAAAAUAAGGAGAGACACUAAGUUCCCAUGCGGUGUUAUGGAUGUCAUCACCAUUGAGAAGACUGGAGAAUUUUUCAGAAUCCUUAUUGAUGUUAAGGGAAGAUUCCAACCCCACAAAAUUGAUGCCAAGGAAGCCACCUUCAAGCUCUGUAAAAUUGUGAAGAAAGCCAUCGGUAAAAACAGAGUCCCAUACUGCGUCACUAAUGAUGGAAGAACUUUGAGAUAUCAACACCCAGACAUCAAGAUUAAUGACACCAUCAAGUUGAGUCUUGAGAGCAAUGAAGUUCUUGAUCAUUACGCCUACGAACAAGGAAACGUAGCUAUCGUUGUUGGAGGAUCUAACAAGGGAAGAGUUGGAACCAUCCACCGUAUCGAGAAGCAUGAUGCCUCUUUCAAUAUUGUCCAUUUGGCAGAUGCUAAGGGAGCAAAAUUCGCUACCAGAGUCGGAAACAUGAUGGUCAUUGGUAAAGGAAAGAGACCAGCCAUUACCUUAUUCAAAGACAAGGGUAUGAAGAGAGGAAUCAUCGAUGAGAAGAAGAUCAAGGGACAAUUCAUGACCUUCCAAAACUUGUAAUGCUC